UAAUUGCUGAUUGACUUCGGAUAUUCAUGCAGAUGUUCCCGAGAACGUUGGAAUGCCUACGCAAUAUUCAAUGGAUACUGCUGAAGUUUUGGCCGGUUUAGCUGAUGGAGAUUCUCGACGUGCAACUCAAUUCGGAAUUGGAGGAUCAACGCAAGAAACGAGGGAAUCGAACCGGCCUGUGAGAGAAGUUCGAGCAUCUUCGAAUAUCGUUAUCAAUCGGGAGUCUUUACCAUCAUCAUCAGGCGUUGGUUUGUCUGCACGUGAACGCCUGAAGCAACGCAUAGAAUCGAUGCCGGAAGAAGAAAUACAAAUCUUGCUGCAUUUGUACGAAACUGACGUAAAACGGAGA